AUGUUUUCGGUAACGAGAAGAAGAGCUGCUGCUGCUGCUGCUGCCAUGGCCACAGCUACAGGGUCACUGUACUGGGUGACUAGCCAAGGCGAUAGGCCCUUGGUGCACAAUGACCCGAGCUACAUGGUGCAAUUCCCCACUGCUGCUCCUCCGCAGGUCUCUAGACGAGACCUGCUGGAUCGUCUGGCCAAGACGCACCAAUUCGACGUGUUGAUCAUCGGUGGAGGAGCCACUGGGACAGGGUGUGCCCUAGACGCUGCCACCAGGGGGCUCAAUGUGGCCCUUGUCGAGAAGGGCGAUUUUGCCUCGGGAACGUCGUCCAAGUCUACCAAGAUGAUUCACGGUGGCGUGCGGUACUUGGAGAAGGCCUUCUGGGAAUUCUCCAAGGCACAGCUGGAUCUGGUCAUCGAGGCACUCAAUGAGCGUAAACAUCUUAUCAACACUGCCCCCCAUCUGUGCACGGUCCUACCGAUUCUGAUCCCCAUCUACAGCACGUGGCAGGUCCCGUACAUCUAUAUGGGUUGUAAAUUCUACGAUUUCUUCGCUGGUUCCCAAAACUUGAAAAAAUCAUACCUGCUGUCCAAAUCUGCCACCGUGGAGAAGGCUCCGAUGCUUACGACGGACAAUUUGAAGGCCUCGCUUGUGUAUCACGAUGGGUCCUUUAACGAUUCGCGUUUGAAUGCCACUUUGGCCAUCACGGCUGUGGAGAACGGCGCUACCGUUUUGAACUAUGUCGAAGUACAGAAAUUGAUCAAGGACCCAGCUACUGGUAAAGUUAUCGGUGCCGAUGCUCGUGACGUUGAGACUAACGAACUCGUUAGAAUCAACGCCAAAUGCGUUGUCAACGCCACAGGGCCAUACAGUGAUGCCAUUUUGCAAAUGGACCGCAACCCAUCGGGUCUACCGGACUCCCCGUUAAAUGACAACUCCAAAGUCAAGUCGGCUUUCAACCAAAUCGCCGUCAUGGACCCGAAAAUGGUCAUUCCAUCUAUUGGUGUUCACAUUGUAUUGCCCUCUUUCUACUGCCCGAAGGACAUGGGUUUGUUGGACGUCAGAACGUCUGAUGGAAGAGUGAUGUUCUUCUUACCUUGGCAGGGCAAAGUCUUGGCUGGUACCACAGACAUCCCACUAAAGCAAGUUCCAGAAAACCCCAUGCCCACAGAGGCCGAUAUCCAAGAUAUCUUGAAAGAACUGCAACACUACAUUGAAUUCCCUGUGAAGAGAGAAGACGUCCUAAGUGCAUGGGCCGGUGUCAGGCCUUUGGUCAGAGAUCCGCGUACAAUCCCCGCAGACGGUAAGAAGGGUUCUGCCACCCAGGGCGUGGUGAGAUCGCACUUUUUGUUCACUUCGGAUAAUGGAUUAAUUACUAUUGCAGGUGGUAAAUGGACUACUUACAGACAGAUGGCAGAGGAGACAAUUGACAAAGUUGUCGAAGUUGGUGGAUUCCAUAAUUUGAAACCUUGCCACACAAGAGACAUCAAACUUGCUGGUGCCGAAGAAUGGACGCAGAACUAUGUAGCCUUAUUGGCUCAAAAUUACCAUCUAUCAUCAAAGAUGUCCAACUAUUUGGUUCAAAACUAUGGAACUCGUUCUUCCAUUAUUUGCGAAUUUUUCAAAGAGUCUAUGGAAAAUAAACUGCCCCUGUCCUUAGCUGAUAAAGAAAACAACGUAAUCUACGCUAGCGAGGAAAACAACUUGGUCAAUUUUGAUACUUUCAGAUAUCCAUUCACAAUCGGUGAGUUAAAGUAUUCGAUGCAAUACGAAUAUUGUAGAACUCCCUUGGAUUUCCUUUUAAGAAGAACAAGAUUCGCCUUCUUGGACGCCAAGGAAGCUUUGAAUGCGGUACAUGCCACUGUCAAAGUUAUGGGUGAUGAGUUCGAUUGGUCAGAGAAGAAGAGGCAAUGGGAACUUGAAAAAACUGUAAACUUUAUCAAGACAUUUGGUGUCUAG